UUUCAUGACAUGUAGAAUUUUGUAGUUAUCGUAUGGGAUGUAUAUUAAAUGAAAAUGAUCUGCAGAUAUCUGAUACUAAAAAAUACGUCUUAUAUCGUGACAGAAUAGCUGCUGCAGUUGAUAUCCACAACAGAGCAAUCGAAUUUUCUAGCUUGCUAGUGACGACAUUAGGAAAACCUUACUUGUUCUUAUUUAUCAUUUCUGAAUGUUCGGCAAGCAUUUUUUUAUUUCUGUUAUUGUUCAUGAAACAGGGAUUACUGGAAGGAAUCGCAUCUGUCAUAUGUACAUUAUUCCAUUUUUUAUUCCUAACAAUAGGCAAUUUUGUUGGCCAAGAAUUUAUAGAUUGCGACAGGCAUAUUUAUGAAGUACUAUGCAAUCUACGAUGGUACAACACACCGUUAAAGACGCAAAAGUUAAUACGCUUUAUGAUGGAAAAGGCUACGAGAGGUUACAAAGUUGAUGCCGGUGGUUUGUUUAAUCCUAGCCUAAAAGGUUUAACGACGACCAUAAGUAUUAUGUAUACCUUUAUUAUGAUGUUAAGCUAUACGCAACGAUAACGCAAGUAAGCACGGAAAAUAGAGAUCCAUCACGAUUAUUUCGCAACCUAUUGCGAUGUCUUUUCAGAGACCAAACAUGCAAAAACGUCAC